AUGCCGUUUGUCCCCUACCACAACUCCGCCGGCCAAUCUAAGAUCGUGAAAUUCGGUGGUCUCCUUACGACCGAAUUCCUCGAACCUCCACCGGGAAGAUGUUUUCUUUUCCGCCAAACCUACCGUCACACCGUUGAGGGCCCCAUCCCCGACAAUCUGCGCGAGUUGAUCAACGGCCCCCACCGGCCCAAAGGUCCGCCCCCCCACUUCCAUCAGUUCCAAACCGAGUAUUUCCGUGUAGAGUCCGGGGUGAUGGGCAUCAAUGUCGACGGGCAGAUGAAGCGAGUGACACCCGACGAUGGGGAAGUAUCCGUCAAGGCGGGCAGCAUUCACAAUUUCUUCAUUCACCCGGAUUCUGAAGAGAGCAUGACCGUCUACCUGAGUGCGUCGGACUCCGGAAUGGACUAUCAGCUGGAUCGCAUCUUCUUUGAGAAUUGGUAUGGUUACUGGCACGAUGCUUUAUUGCAUGAUGGUGGUCUGGAUUGGAUUCAAUUUUUAGCUAUCCAAGACGGCGGAGACGCAUACACCCCCGCUCCCGCCUGGGUCCCUUUCCGGCGCCAAGUCGGCUACUGGACCUGCGUCAUCGUCGGGCGCUGGAUUGGCGGACUUCUCGGCUACCGGCCCUUCUUUAAGGAAUACACGACCGACUGGGACUUUGCCGUGGCCAAGAUGAAGGGGUCGGUCUUCCAGCAGCACCUGGUGCACGAUGCGUUUGCGUCGGAGAAGUCCUGGUCCGAACAGGUCGCCUUGGAGGCCACGUCGAGGCCGGAAAAUGCUGAGUUUGAGACGUGGGUGCGCGACAUGUCGCCCAAGCCGUUGGAGCUACCGGCACCGAGGUAUGAACGGGGUGCUUGGGUGGAGAAUGCGCAUGGCGGUGCGAAUGGUCUCGGUGGACAUUCACAUGGGAUCAAUGGUCUUAUCAACGGCGACAAUGGACAGACAACGGGCGCCGACUGGGAAAAUGGAACAGUCCUGAAAAAAACGGUGGCAAAUGGCGGUCAUUGA